AUGGCCGGCCGCGCUCUCGCUAUCGUCUGCGCCUUGCUCCCCGCAGCGGUGUCCGCGUACUCCAACACACAUCCUGUCCUUGUCUGGUCGUCUCAUCAGUAUCUUCACGCUUCCGACCUCCGUGCUCUAGCCCCUUCCUGCCACACGGCGAAAGCAUUGUCGAAGGCCCCCUCGACUUUGCAUCUCCCUUACGUUCCGUCCGACGGCCCCUCCACCAACCCCUUCGUCGACAUGUCAAGCAUGCUCUCCAAGCGCUGCGGCUCACAUGCAGUGAGCCAUUCACCGGAUGCUGAGCGUCUUGAUAUCGAUGCUGGGAAGGGAAAGCACGUUGUCACGAUUUCCCUGCCCCCUCUGGAGUCUGGCGAGGUGGGUGCAUCGAGGAAGCACAGUAUGGCCAGCCACGAGUCCUGGCUGUCUGAGGAGCUCUCCAAGAUCGAAGCCGUCUUCUCCAACUACCUCGUGAUCUACUCUGGCUCGCCGGGUCCCUCGUCGACAUUCGAGGAGGCGCAAGUUGCCCCCAGCCCAAGCGGCGGCAUCCUCAAGCGCUACCAACUCCUCACGCCGGGGCUCAUCCUCGUUCUCCUCGUUGUCUUCCUUAUCCUUAUCCCCAUUCAGUCGCCUCUGACCAACGACAUCCCGAAGGGCUUCAGUGCGGAAGAGAAGAAGAACCAGUGA